UCGCAAAGCCAAGAAAGAAAAGCUCUCUCUCUGUCUCUCUCUCUCUCUUUUUAUGUCUUGACUGUCGCCAUUGUCCCCCUCCAUCCUCUCUCUCUCUCUCUAGAACCCCUCGACCACCGCGCGACGGGAGGCGACGGAGAGAGAAAAGACUAAGCCUCGGCUCGCUCCGACCGGCCGCCGUGCUCUGCUCGCUGCUCGAAGGAGAGAUUGAGAUGGAGAACGAGGGCGUGGCCGCGAAGCCGAACGGCAGCGGCGGCGGCGGCGGCGGGGGGAGGUACGUGCAAUACAGCGUCCUCGGGAACCUGUUCCAAGUGCCGUCCAAGUACGUCCCUCCGAUUCAGCCCAUCGGUCGCGGCGCGUACGGCAUCGUCUGCUGCGCGACGAAUGCGGAGACGAAGGAAGAAGUUGCGAUCAAGAAGAUCGGGAAUGCUUUCGACAACAGGAUCGAUGCGAAGAGGACGCUCCGGGAGAUCAAGCUCCUUUGCCACAUGGACCACGACAAUGUAGUCAAAAUCAAGGACAUUAUCAGGCCCCCGAACAAAGAAAAUUUCAAUGACGUUUAUAUUGUGUACGAGCUAAUGGAUACCGAUCUGCAUCAGAUCAUCAGGUCGAGUCAGGCCUUGACGGAUGAUCACUGUCAGUAUUUCCUCUAUCAGUUGUUGCGGGGACUUAAGUAUGUGCACUCUGCAAAUGUUCUGCACCGCGAUUUGAAACCAAGCAACCUGCUUCUUAAUGCAAAUUGUGAUCUCAAGAUCUGCGAUUUUGGCCUUGCAAGAACAACAUCAGAGACUGAUUUCAUGACUGAAUACGUGGUAACCAGAUGGUACAGAGCUCCUGAAUUGCUGCUUAACUGCUCAGAGUAUACUGCGGCCAUUGAUGUUUGGUCUGUGGGUUGCAUCCUCAUGGAAAUCGUUACAAGGGAGACACUUUUUCCUGGCAAAGAUUAUGUUCAACAGUUGGGGCUUAUAACUGAGCUUUUAGGAUCCCCAGAUGAUUCAGAUCUCGGAUUUCUGAGGAGCGAUAAUGCUCGCAAGUACGUGAAGCAACUUCCACACGUCUCAAAGAGGUCCUUUUCCCAGAAGUUCCCGACUGUUUCCCCCUUGGCUAUCGACCUUGCAGAGAAAAUGCUGGUAUUCGAUCCUAGCAAGCGGAUAACAGUCGAGGAAGCUCUGAACCAUCCAUAUCUCUCAAGCCUCCACGAGAUCAACGAAGAGCCCACUUGCUCAUCUCCUUUUGUCUUCGAUUUCGAACAUGCAUCCUUGAACGAGGAAGAUGUCAAGGAGCUUAUAUGGUUGGAGUCUUUGAAUUUCAACCCGGACGAGAAGUCGGAAUGAUCGUGCAGCUGCACGUCCCAUCUUUCCACCGGAGAUGUUUUGUUGCGCUGUCGAUGCAGAGUGUAUGUAUAUCCAUAUACGAUGAGAUUUGGGGUGCGAGAGUAAAAUAGAGAUUCGGUUUGUCUUCCAUUGGUGGUGGUGGUGUGGCAUGAUGGCUUGCUCACGGAAUCACGAUAAGGAAGCGGCAAUCGAUCGAGUAGGGCGUUGUCCUUGUUGCCGCGGGGCAUGAGAAUUGACGGUGUUUGCAUUGUGAUUGUUGUUGUAAGACUGGGUAAAUGAGGAGAAGAGAUAUUUGGUGUGUACAGUGAUUGUGUUUCUUGGGAGGGAAGAAAGGCCUUCUUCCUUCUACUUGAUAUGUUUCUGGAAGUAUACUGUAGAAAGUCUGUUUUAAGAGUUUACUCAUAGUAAAGAAUUUACUUAUAGUGGGA